AGAGCAGCCGGUGACGUCACUGGAGGCUGACCGUCGCCUGAGAAUCUCGGGGCGCGACGCGGAAGUCUUCGAGGGACCUCCCAGAGACUUCUCCUCGGUCGCUCCUCGCUCGCUCGGUGGCUCCUCGCUCGCUCGGAGAGCUCCGCACCAGCCAGGGGUUCGUUGUAAGAUUUCUCGCCACGCCGUCUCAGACCGCGCGAGCUCCAUCAGCCGAGUGAGAGAGGUGGUGGCACCGCGAACCUCCCUACCCCCAGCGUCCCACGCAGAGAUCGGACAUCACCCCCCCACCACUACCACCCUCCAACCCCCCACCACUACCACCCUCCAACCCCCCACCACUACCCUCCUCCACCCCCGUUGCGCUUCAUCCGCUCGCUCCACGGCUGUCCAGCCACCCGGGGCAUGGAGUCGGAAGAGGUGAAGAAGAGGCAGAGGCUCGAUGACGGCGCAGCAGACGUCUCGUCACCUGGAGAUCACGCGGACACAGGAGUCUUGGCAGACGCCGCCAACGUUAACGAAGUCGACUCAAACAGCAUUAUGGACCCUCAGCUGGAGUACAACAUGAACCAUGGAUCUCGGGGGCUGGCGCUGAUCUUCAACCACGAGAACUUCCACUGGACCCUGCGUCUGAACCAGCGCCGUGGCACGCAGGCCGACUCCAUCAACCUGGAGUGCAGGCUGCGUAAUCUGGGGUUCACGGUGCACGUCCACAAAGACAUCUGCACCACGGAGUUCCACCAGGUCAUCCUUCAGGCUGCCAAGGCGGACCAUUCGGGCUUUGACUGCUUCGUGUGCGCGGUGUUCACGCACGGCGAGCCCGGCACGCUCUACACCAAGGACGGCCUCGUCAAAACCAACGACAUCCUGGAGCAGUUCCGCGGCACAGAGUGCCCCUCGCUCGUCGGCAAGCCCAAGAUCUUCAUCUUCCAGGCGUGCCGCGGGGACAAGCACGAUGAGCCGGUGCUGGUGGAGACGGACGCGGUGGACCACCACCUGGUACCCGAGGAGAACGUGGUGGUGGCCGACGCCGGCAUCGCCCCCACGCUGCCCUCCGCAGCGGACUUCCUGCUCUGCUACUCCGUGGCCGAAGGCUACUACUCUCACCGCGAGACGGUGAACGGCUCGUGGUACAUCCAGGACCUGGUGACGGCGCUGGAGCGCCACGGCUCGGAGCUCGAGCUGCUGGAGCUGCUGACGCUCGUCAACCGCAUGGUGGCCGCGCGCUGCGUGGACCGCUCCAACGACAUCAAAUCGCUGGGCAAGAAGCAGGUGCCCUGCUUCCUGUCCAUGCUGACCCGCAAGCUCUACUUCCGGGUCAAGAAGCCGACCAAUCAGAUCGCCUAAACAAGCGGGCGGCAGCGGCCGUGGCGGGGAGACCCCGGCGCACGCCGGACGGGCGACCCGGAGCGGCGCCGGGUUAUUUGUACGGCGCAACGGCCGAGAGAUCACCGUAAAGUCGAGCAGCGAUGGCCGACAAGGCGCACCGACUCACCGGGGCCGCAGGCCGACCGGGGGGGGGGGGGGGGGGG